AUGAGUAAAGUUACUGAUAAAGUUGGACCGGAAUUGAACAAAAAUGAGGAUUUUUUGAAAGAAUUAAAUGGGUGUGUUUGGAAUAUUGAUCAAGAAGAAAAUAAAUUUGAGGAAAAAUGGGAGGGAAUUAUGACCAAAUAUAAUCUUCAAACAGAUAAAUGUUUUAGUAGUAUAUUUAGUAUACGAGAUCAAUGGAUACCCGCAUAUUUUAGGGAUAUCCCAUUGGGGGGGAUUUUGAGAACUACAUCCCGAUCGGAAAGUGUUAAUAGUUUCUUCAACCAUUUUUCAAACCCUCACAUGACACUUGUUGAAUUUUAUAUGAGUUAUGAAAGUGCAAUGGAUGCACAGAGGUACAAACAAGAUAAGCUCAAUGCUGAAUCACUUCACACAAAUCCACAAUAUAAAACACCAUUGCCGAUUGAAAAACAUGCCGGUGAAGUCUAUACUAGAAAUUUUUUUUUUCUUUUUCAAUAUGAAGUUUAUAAGUCUUGUUUCAAAACUUAUAUUCAAAAUAUUGAAAAGAUUGAAAGUGUGGAAAGUAUAACUGUUUUGGACUCAACGGUAAGUAAGAUGUACAAGGUGAAAUUUAUUCUGGGAAGUUCAAUUGAUGAGUUGAAGGUAGAUUGUGAUUGCAAGUUAUUUAAACGGAUAGGAAUAUUAUGUUCCCAUGCGAUUUGUGUCAUGAGUGCAAGACAAAUAACACAAAUACCAAAGCAAUAUGUUUUAGAUCGUUGGACGAAGCUAGCAUUAAAGAAGCCUAUUUUUGAUUUGCAUGGGAAUCUGAUUGAAGAUAGCAAAAAGUAUUUAGCUCAAAGGAGUGAGAGUGAUUUACAAUCACUUUUACAAAACCUAAAAGAUAUUAGUAGAAAAUUGGAGGAAAGUGAUGAUGUGAGGGUGGACAUUACUAAAGAGCAACAAAUCGAAUUAUUAGUAGGCACAAGUUCAUCUUCGACAAUGGAAAUACAAAACCCAAUCCAAUCCAAAGAACAAAGGAAGAAGGCAAAAAUAAUUGGGGAAAAGGAACAAACUAUUGAGCAAAGCAAGAAGCCCAAAAGAAAGUGCAAAACUUGUGGUAAAUUUGAUUAUCAUGAUAGUCGAAAUUGCCCAUCAACAAAAGACACCCCACUUACAAAAGUUGAUGCUGAAGAACAGAUAGAUGAAGAGAUUAUUAAGAAGUUUGAAAGUUUUAAAUACACUAUUCUGUUGAAGAGAUAG